CGCAGAGUAUAGUAAUAGUUACUUAAAUACUCUUUGAUAGUUACAGAAAGCUGGCACUACUGAAGUACUGAUACCUCCUAAAUUACUAACCUCGAAUUUCUGAAUCCUAGUUAUAAGGUCUAAUUAAUUUCUUUUUGAAUGAAAUUAUUAUAAUAUAAAAUUAUUUGAGCGAUAAUAAAAAAUAUUUGAGCUAUAUUCAUAAAUUACGAUGGCUGCUCCAGCACAAAUGAGUGAAGCUGAUCAAAUAAAAACGUUUAAGGACUUUUUAGUGCAAUACAACAAACUAUCUGAACUUUGUUUUAAUGAUUGCAUUCACGAUUUCACAUCAAGAAAUCUGCGACCAUCUGAGGAAAAAUGCACAGUGAAUUGUAUGGAAAAGUAUUUGCGUACAAAUCAACGAGUAUCACAAAGAUUCCACGAGUUCCAAAUGAUAGCUAAUGAGAAUAUGCUUGCUUUAGCUCAGAAAUCAGGAAAUCCAAGCUAAAGUUUUAUAGUUAAUUUUAGUAUUAUCUUAUUAGUGUUUCUGUUUGAAUGUUGUCAAAUAAAAUGUUGUUGAACAAA